GUUUAUGUUCAGAAAAUUAUCGAAUAACGAAUUCUCUUCGUAAUUUGCUUUUCUUUCUGUGUAUAUCAACGGACUUUCAAUCACAUAGGUAGCAAUUUAACUAUUUUUCAGUUUACUUUAAUGGAUGAAGAAGAUUGUUGUAUAAAAAAAGAAGCUGAAGGUAGCUUCAAGUUUGAAAGUCUUGGAUCUAAUAUUUCGUUCAUGACAGACGACAAGGGUCUAGAAUUUACAGAAAAACAUGGGGACUUGGGUGACAUGACAUUUCGUAUGGCUAAUUACAUUAAAGAUGUUAUGAAAAUGAUGUUUAUAAUGCGCAGCCAUCAUAUGCUGACAGAUGUUAUACUUGAAGUAGGGACAGAAUUAUUCUAUGCGCACAAAGUUAUUUUAGCUGCUGCUAGUCCAUAUUUUAAGGCAAUGUUCACAGGAGGUUUGAAAGAGUCUGAAAUGACUAGAGUAAAGCUUCAAGGUGUCUCUCCAACAAGCAUGGCACGACUACUGUACUUUAUGUAUACAGGUCAAAUAAGAGUCACAGAGCUUACGGUGUGUUCACUUUUAUCAGCAGCCACCAUGUUUCAGGUUAGUAAUGUCAUAGAUGCGUGUUGCGUUUUCUUGGAAAGACAGUUAGAUCCCACGAAUGCUAUUGGGAUUGCAAAUUUUGCUGAACAACAUGGUUGUCACAGUUUGUAUCAAAAAGCGAAUCAGUUUAUUGUUCAACAUUUUAGUCAAAUAUGUCAAGAAGAAGAAUUUCUACAAUUAUCGGCGAUACAGUUGAUAACACUAGUGAGAAAAGAUGAGCUGAAUGUUCAGGAAGAGAGAGAAGUGUACAAUGCCGUGUUGAAAUGGGUAAAGUACAACGAAGAAGCGAGAGGACCUAAAAUGGAACAUAUAUUACAUGCUGUAAGAUGUCAGUAUCUCACUCCAAACUUUCUGCGAGAACAAAUGAAGAACUGUGAUGUUCUAAAGAAAGUACCGGCCUGUCGAGAAUAUCUUGCACAAAUCUUUAAGGACUUGACUCUUCAUAAAAAACCAAUUGUUAAAGAAAGAACGCCCAAUACCAGAAGAGUAAUAUAUAUCGCGGGCGGUUUCUUAAAACAUUCUUUAGAUGUUUUGGAAGGAUACAACGUGGAUGAGAAAACUUGGACACAGCACGCAAAACUGAUCGUUCCUAGGUCAGGUUUGGGUGGAGCGUUCUUAAAGGGUAUGUUUUACGCUGUCGGUGGAAGAAAUAAUUCACCAGAAAAAACAUUUUCUGCGAAUUUCAUCAGAUACGACAGCGAUUGGGUCGACAGAUACAAUCCGGUACUAGAUCAGUGGCGAACUUGUAGUCCAAUGUCUAUGCCACGACAUCGUGUAGGAGUGGCUGUAAUGGACGGUUUAUUAUAUGCUGUUGGUGGUAGCGCAGGUGCAGAAUAUCAUAAUAGCGUUGAAUGUUAUGAUCCAGAACAUGAUACAUGGACCAAUGUAAAAUCGAUGCAUAUAAAGAGAUUAGGAGUUGGAGUGGCGGUAGUUAAUAGAUUACUGUAUGCUAUUGGUGGAUUCGAUGGAAUAGACCGACUGAAUUCUGUGGAAUGUUAUCAUCCUGAAAAUGAUGAAUGGACAAUGGUUUCGCCUAUGAAAUGCAGUCGUUCAGGAGCUGGGGUCGCUAACCUUGGACAGUAUAUAUACGUUGUAGGAGGAUACGAUGGAACUAGACAAUUAAAUUCUGUUGAAAGAUAUGACACGGAAAAAGAUACUUGGGAAUACGUUAGUAGCGUGACCAUUGCUCGUAGCGCACUUAGCGUUACAGUGCUAGAUGGUAAAUUAUAUGCAAUGGGAGGCUAUGAUGGUGAACACUUUUUAAAUAUCGUAGAAAUUUAUGAUCCUGCAAAAGAUACGUGGGAGCAGGGAGUACCUAUGACUUCGGGUAGAUCGGGCCAUGCAAGUGCAGUAUCUUACCAUCAGUGUCCUAUACAUUGUGAUCAUCUAGAACACAAUAUAUCACUAGAGAAACCACCCUCGUGAUACGUGCGAUCACCGAAUAUUGGUUUAGCUAUUGAUAUAAGAUAGCUCGACUACAAACUUUAGCCUAGGAAAAUUACUACGAGAAGAAGAAAUAAAUAUCAAAAUAAUGGAAUCAAUCGUUGAAGCAGUAAACGAAUUUUCGAUUAUUGCAGACUGACAUAAUUUUUCACUUCGUGGAACGAGUCUAAUUUUUGAGGUUGUAAGCGCGUUUCUACUGAAUUUCGAUAUUCUAGUGAUUAACCAUUUUAUAAGUUCACUCGUGAAAGGACCAGUGAUUUACUUCCAUUAAUAAUAAUGUGUUUUUAAAAUUAUAAAGACUUAAAAUAAUUUUGUAAAUAUAU